ACUUUGUUCUCUCUCGUCAAUUUCACUCCACUACUUCUCUGCCUUUAGUCCUUUACCCGCGCUCUCUCUCUCUCUCUCUCUCUCUCUCGUAUGGCUGAUGCAGUGCUCCUCAUUUUUCACUUUCUCUUUGUUUAAACUUUAAACAACCCACCUUUAACAUUCAACUUGUUUCUGCUUUCACGGACCAGAAUUUCUGCUGUUAGGCACCAAGAGUCAUGAUGAAGAAACUGGCUGUGGUAUAUGAACCUGGAAAUGAAAGAUAGGCAACGGUGGAGAGCCGAAGAGGAUGCUUUAUUGCGUGCUUAUGUCAAACAGUAUGGUCCGAGGGAAUGGAAUCUUGUGUCUCAGCGCAUGAACCAACCUCUUAAUAGGGAUGCCAAGUCAUGUCUAGAAAGGUGGAAGAACUACCUUAAGCCCGGAAUUAAGAAAGGAUCUCUAACCGAGGAAGAGCAGCGCCUUGUCAUCAACCUCCAAGCAACACAUGGGAACAAGUGGAAGAAAAUUGCUGCAGAAAUCCCCGGUCGCACUGCCAAGAGGUUAGGGAAGUGGUGGGAAGUUUUCAAAGAGAAGCAGCAAAGAGAGGCCAAGGUAAUUAACAAAGGCGUCAACCCAAUCGACGAUACCAAGUACGAGCACAUACUAGAGAGUUUUGCAGAGAAACUAGUGAAGGAGCGCCCUUCGCCACCAUCCUUUGCCAUGGUUGCUGCCAGUGGUUCUUUUCUGCAUAAUGAUGCAUCGGCCCCCUCACCGACUUUGCUUCCUUCUUGGCUCUCUAAUUCAAAUAGCACCACAACUGUGAGGCCACCAUCCCCUUCCGUGACACUAAGUCUUUCUUCCUCGACAGUGGCUGCUUCUCCUCCGUGGUUGCAACCCCCAAGAGGUCCGGAGAACGCUUCUCUAGUCUUGGGGAAUGUGGCACCUCACGGAUCAGUUGUAGCUUUUGGCGAUAACAUGGUGGUAUCUGAGUUGGUGGAGUGCUGCAAGGAGUUGGGAGAAGUGCAUCAUGCUUUGGCAGGGCAUAAGAAGGAGGCAGCCUGGCGGUUAAGUAGGGUAGAGCUGCAGUUGGAGUCGGAGAAAGCAUGUCGAAGAAGGGAGAAGAUGGAGGAAAUUGAAUCGAAGAUUAAGGCUCUUAGGGAAGAGCAGGCGGCUGCAUUGGAGAGGAUUGAAGCUGAAUACAAGGAGCAGUUGGCUGUGUUAAGAAGAGAUGCGGAAGCCAAGGAGCAGAAGUUGGCUGAGCAAUGGGCUGCGAAACACUUGCGCAUUACCAAGUUUCUAGAACAAAUGGGAUGCUGGUCCAGGCUUUCUGAGACAAAUGGAAGAUAGAUACAUCAUUCACCUUCAGAUUUGAGAUGCACUGCUUUGCUGUUGUGGCUUGACCUUUAUUGUUUAUGGACAUAGUAGUUUUGCUCUAUCUUGUGCUUAUCGCAAAGAUAUUAUUACAGGGUGUGUUUUUAUUAGUAUACUUUCUAUCCAUGCAAUAAUUGCAUUGUUCGAUGUCCAUUGUUUGUUCCAAUCCAACCUGCUUAGAGAAGAUAACAGUAAAAGUGAAGAAUAAAAAUAGAAAGCAUGAUGUUUGGAAAUGUAAAGUAUAUAAAUAAAAAUGUUAGAAGACGCUUACCUUUGA